CCGAUGAAAACAUAACCUCCUUGGCGGAGGUAAUAAGACCCUACGCAUUCACGGAGUAAUAAAACCCCCACACUUGCUUGGUUUUCUCUACAACAGUAAGGAUCACAUAAUUGUCAUUCUUCCGGCCAAGCUUCUGCCUAGCUAGUCCGCUUCACAAGAUCGAAAAUACCCGGAGGAAACGCAGGGGACGAACCAAACAAUCUUCAGUAGUCAGUUGCAGAUACAGCAUAACAAUGGUUGUCUGUGGCUUUUGAGAGAAUUAUCGAUUGGCACUUUGUGGAGUGUACAUGCAGUCGUACGUUUAGGCCUGCAUACAUGAAAACCUACAAGUACAAGGAGCAUGUUUUGUCUGACAGGGUAGCGAUAGCCAACUCACCGAGGCCUACAUUGGGUUCAAUUGGACUGAAAUACUGAUCACUAUAGCAAUGUGGGAUUACGUCAUCAGUCGGUGAAAACAUAUUUUCAGUAGCACUUGCGUUUUUACGGGAGUAGGGCCUACGUGUUACCUUUCAGCACUUCAGUUUUAUGAAAUCAGGAGAUUUCAGACGAGAUCAGGAGUUUUCAGAAGUUUCUGGUUGUCUGCACAUAACCAAUACACAGCUUUCAGUGUGGUACGUAUGCAGUCAACCAUCAGUUGAGGUCGUAAUCAUUGUCCAGAUGAAGAGAAUCUUGGCUUCGAAGACAGGUCGCAGCUUCGCUGUAUGUGCUGUUAUUGUGCUCAUCAUUUUCGGUCCAAAGUAUGCACAACAGCAUUUCAGGACGCGUCCCGUCACACUUUCCCAGCCCGAAUUCUCACCGAUAGUGCGAACGAGUGUCCCACUACUUGACAGCCAAUCAGUGGAAAACAGCAGACCACGUGAUGUGUCAUCACCCAAUGACAGCUUGCGUAACGAGACACCCCCUCAACAAUUGACCAAUGGUAGCUCGCCAGCUAACUCAUCUGCGCAGCUACUGGACAGCGAGAGCCCGACUGUAAAUUCAUCUGCCAAUGAACUGCCUGCUCCAAGUUCGGCGGGGAAGACCAAUACAUCCCAGAGAAGAAUCGUCCUGACAACAACUAAUUCGGGAUUCCUGGACUUCACCGAAAAUUUCCUCCUGAGCAUUGUCCAAACGGGUGUGCACCCCAACGUGACCAUUAUCACUGAGGACGAGGAAACCUAUCGGGUGCUUUCUGAAACGGGGGACAAAAGGUACCCAGGGCUGCAACUCAUCAAACCGGAUGGCAGGUUACCUUCCAAGGGUGAGGCCAUCGACUUUGGGACCGAGGAAUACGUCAACUUCAUCAAUCGCAGACCUAAGUAUGUGCUUAGUUUCAUACAACAAGGGUUUGACGUAUUUUUCAUCGACGUCGACACGUUCUGGGUCAGAAACCCUUUCCCUUAUUUUCAGGGCAACUUUGAUGUCGCCUUUAUUCGUGAUGAACCCAAAUGGGGCAAUUUCAAUGGUGGUUGCAUAUACUAUAGGCCAACAGAACGAACGGUACAGUUACUCAAACGUUGGAUAGAGGCCAUGGAAACGCAGAAAGUACACAAGCAGGACCAGGCCGUCUUGAACGAAAUCGUCAGACAAAGGAACGUGUCCAGCAAACUGAGGAUAAAACAGUUGUUCGAAAGGAACUUUCCAAGCGGCAGACUGUACGUCAAGGGCAACAAUACCUGCUUCGACAUGAGCGAUGCUGUCGUGUUCCACGCAUCCUGGAUUGCAGGGCAUGAGAAAAAGAUGGCGAUGAUGCAGAAAUGCCGCAUGUGGCUGAAAAAUUAGUUUUAUAUUGGUCUAUUGAGGGCGCUUGAUGAAAAUGGACCCGGGUUCGAACCACAGAUCUUGCGAUCCACUGUCCACUGCGGCAGCUCAACGAAUGAUGCCUGAAUGUACAUGCAUGACUGACUGAUAACAAUGGUGUGACGUCACUGUUAAUUUCUUAUGAUGUCAUUGUUAUUUAUUUACGAAUAAACAUCGAACUAGCUGAAUAA